CCAAAUCUAACGAAAACAAUUCACUCUAGUCUAUCAUUUCAUUUAUUUAACUCCAGUCUCCACGCGCGCCUCGAUCGCUUACCACGAGUCGAUUUUACCCUACAUUUAGUAUCAGAUCCCUUCAUAUUUAUGAGAUUGUGUAUCGACAUAUCAAGACAUCAAUAGCGCCCAUAGUCAUCGCCUAGACCGUCGCUAUUUGACGUCACGAUUUGUUUCUAUUCCUCGCAUUGGUGAAAGAAAUAAUGUCAACCACUGCUGAGCCUGCGAUGCGGGCAGAACCUGAUUUACAGAAAUGUUCUCUUCCAAAUCCUAGAUUCCAACAUCUCCAAGAAGACAGGUUCCGAUUCACUCCUGUCAAGGUUGUAAAACCCGUCCCGCGCCUCUGGGAUCGUCAGCCGUCCACCCCGUUUCUGGCGCGUCCAAAAUCGCGGAAGGUGUGGAAGCGCUUCCGUUCCUCGUUCAACAGUAUGAAGGCGCUGCAGCGUUUGAUUUCCGCGCAGGGUGGUUCUGAUGAUCACGAUGACCUACGCACCGAAAUCAACACGGCGCGGAAUGAAGAUUACAUGCGCGGCGUCAAGAGACGGUGUCUCGUGCAUGAUCCCGAGGAACAAGUAGAGACAAAGGCAUCCCGAGGACGCUCUUUUCUAGAGACAAAAUGGGAGUCAGAGGCCAGUGGGAAAAGGCGUAAAUUUCCCGCCUAUCGCGGUCUCGUGGACGGCUCCGAGCCUAUGGUAGCCGAUUCUCAGCCGCUAGGAGCCAGCGACAACGAUGACAGCGAUAUUAGUUACCAAAACGCACACGAUAAUGCCACGUCAGGUGAUGAGAUUUUGCCGGAUACGGUUGAAAGCGACGAAUCGCUGGAUGGCAGCCCAGACACACCUACCAGAUUGGCUGCUUCCGCGGCCUAUCCCCGCACGCUACAUGGUUUACAAAGUGGGAUGGAUGGAACCACUGCCGAUAUAAAGGGAUCCGAUGAUAUCGGUCAGCCCGAGGCUGACUUGCCUGAGUCUAGCUCUCUGGAAGCUGGUCCUCCGGAGAAUAUCGAGGAGCAGGAACAUGAUGCUGUUUUGGGUGCCACUAUGACGGACGACCUACAGUCUGAACAAUGCGAAUCACAGACCUCUGCAGCGAUUUCCCAGGAAAUUGUGCAGCAGACAGACGCCACAGAACCAGCAGCAGCGGCACCCGUGCAGGACCUGACUGCAGAACAGGAGUCGACUUUGGUUCGAUCGGCACUACGGAGCUCUUUGGAUGGCGAGGAUGCCGAGUUACUCAAUAACUUUUUGUCCAAAGCGAAAGCCAAACGGGAGGCCAAAGCCGCAGCAGCCGCGAUGGUUACGCAGGAUACAGAAGAGAAGGCCGUCCAGGAAUACGUAGAGAUCCCCGAAAUUCCCACACCGCAAGGUCGCCGGGUCCUGGAAGACCUAGAUGCCAAUUCACCCUCACCGCAGAAAGCCCAGUUGUCUCCAUCCAAGGUUUCGGGUAAGGAAAUUGACGAAAAUGAAGAUCAACCGCCUUCCAGUCCCCGUCGAAGCACCCGAACUCGUAGUGUCAAGCCUCCGCCGCGGAUGACCACGACCACUACGGCGGCUCGCAACACUUUGACUCUUCGUCGUGCGAAGGGAACCGAAUUCGUCUUUCUUAAAAAGACUGAAGCCCAGGAGCUGGCGCUGGCAACUCGUCGGAACACGCGACAAAAUAAAGGAGAUGCGAUGUUACCGAAGUAUGUGCUACAGACGUUGGCUCAACAGCCAUCGGGUUCCGGUGCUACUUCGGAUGACAACAAAUCUGCACACGAUCCUGGUCGACGAGCAUCCUCAAAGAGGGUGUCAUGGAACGACGAGCGACUCGUCGAGUACGAAGGUGAGAGUGGAGAGGGGAGUAGCGAUGACGCUGCUGGCCGAGGAGGGAAAUCUAAAAAUUCAGAAAAAAGAAAGGCGGCCAGUAGCCGCACUACGCGUUCACAGGGACCCUCGAAGACUGGUGGUGACAUCGAGCCGGCUGCAUCCACUACUGCAGCGACUACUGCAACUCCUCGCCCGCGGCGUGUGCGGCGACUGGGAACGCCCAAACCUACUGCAGCCGUUGACGGCAGUGCAUCACCGUCCACCAGCAUGAGCCCGCCCGAAACACGCAAAAAGCUGACCCCCAAGUCUCCCCGGACGGCACUAACGGGGAGUGGCGCAUCGAAAAAAGUCUCCCGUGUCAGCACCCGAAGUGAUACUCGAGCGUCAUUAGACAGUAGCUCACUGAAGAGCUCAAGUCUUUUCAAGGCCCAUGCCGGGUCAACCCCGAUGCCAAGGCGAGUGCGAUCGUGACCUUGACGGUCCGUCUGAGCAUUUUUAACGUAUCUUCAUGAAGGCUAUUUUUCGGCUUGCUCCCCUGGUACAAAGUGUAAUAGAGUGAGUGAGUGGGACUCAAGGGCUGUACAUAUUCAUAUUCAUAAUGCUGUCAAUAUUUGCUUCGACCAUUAAUGAUCUCGGGAUUUGGAUGGCGUUGGUUUAGACACCGGGGUUUGCGAUUUACAUCAAUAAUAUUAUUCUUGUUGCUCUUUUUGUUUUUUUAUUUGUUUCAUGUCCUGUUGCCGUCAGCUUAUGGGGAGGCAAUGAAGAAAUCCGGGGGAUAUGGAGUAAAAAGACGCACAGAGCCUGAUCGGCGGUGUUUGUGUCGGUUUGCAUGUGAUUUAUGCAAUCUUACCCCAGCCGUCAACCUCAUAGCAUCAACUUUUUGUUCUUUCUUCUUGAAAUGAAACCCGGCUUCCACUCACAGACUCGGGCCUUGAUGCCGAUCUUUGUCAGAUCAACUCUCAGAUCUCGCUUAACCUCCUCUAAGGGAAUGCUCUCUCGGGAGAAGGCAGCAUUCAUCAUCCUAUCCGGGAGAUAGGCCACCGAGUCUUUCCGUAGAGGGGCUCGGGAUGUGGGAUCAUCACGAAAAGUAAA